UCUCCGCCGCUCACCCGGAUGAAGAAGAAGCGGAGGCCUUAAAACGCGAAUUUGCGUGUGAUAAUCUGUUGCGUCCGUCUUCUGUUUGUUUGUUUAUUUCUCACGUUUCUUUUUCGAACCCUCGAAUAAUCGCUUUUUAAACGCUCUAUCUUUUUUAAAAUGCCGAAACGCUCGUAUCCGUUCAGCGAAACCUUCUCCUCCCAGUAUAAACUUCAUGUUGGGCAAAAAGAAAUGAACCAUUACGGAGUUUUUGGACCGAAAUACAGACAAGAGGUUUACGAGAAAACCAAAAAUCUGCUGUUCAACGGGACCAAGUCAGUGAUGAGUCGAAUCUGGAAGGCAGAUGGGGAGGAGAAACCGUCAGACAUCCCGGUGUCUGAUCCAUCUUCCGCAUCCUCCGCACUAGGGCAUCAGACUCUUCUGAAAGGCCAAACGCUUAUCGGCACAGAUGGGAGAUUACAGAAAGCAAACGCCGUUCCAGGUUCUGCAGCGGCUCCUACAGCGUGUUGUGUGUGUCAGAGGGUCUCUGGGUCGAGGCAGCCCUGCGUGCAGUGUGAGCGGUCUGCGUGUCCUGCGUGCACCCUGCAAUGCUCCAGCUGCUCCAGUCACUGCUGCAACUUGUGUGCCGUUACAGAUUACAGCGAGCGUUACGACCGUGUCCUGUGUGUCGGCUGUUCAUCCUGAUCGCAUGGCACACAGGACAUAUGGAUUGACGCGUGGAUGCUGAGAUGAUGUUGAAAAUUGUGCAAGACGUGAUUUUAAUUCAUUGCCAGUUAAAUGUAAAUGAGAUGACUUAUAUACUGCUUGACUCCUGUCUUUCGUUUACUUGUGUAUAUAUUCCAGUGAUUGAUUAAAUAAAUACUUGCUACUUUAUUAA